AUGGAUGAAAUUGGUAUCGAAAUUCAGAAACAGGAACCGACAUUCGAGCAUGUCGUGACAGAGAAAGCUGCGCUCUUUCAGGAACUCCAAGAGGAGGACCUGUAUGUCAAAUACAAGAAGCUAGCGCGGCAUUUGGAGAUGCUGGAGAUCCAGGAGAGCUAUAUUAAAGACGAGCAAGCGAACCUCAAGCGCGAACUCAUUCGUGCGCAGGAAGAAGUGAAGCGCAUUCAAUCCGUCCCACUGGUCAUUGGCCAGUUCCUCGAGCCCAUAGACCAACAGACAGCUAUCGUGGGGUCGACAACGGGUUCAAAUUAUGUCGUUCGCAUCCUCUCGACCCUCGAUCGCGAACUCCUCAAGCCCUCGUCCUCCGUCGCCCUACACCGACAUUCAAAUGCGCUCGUAGACAUCCUUCCACCCGAGGCGGACUCUUCCAUUGCGAUGCUUGGCAAAGAGGAGAAGCCGGACGUGUCAUACCAGGACGUGGGGGGUAUGGAUUCUCAGAAGCAGGAAAUUCGAGAGGCGGUGGAACUACCGCUAACGCACUUCGACCUGUACAAGAAGAUUGGUAUCGAUCCUCCACGAGGUGUCUUGCUAUAUGGUCCACCAGGGACUGGUAAAACCAUGUUGGUCAAGGCGGUGGCGCACCAUACCACCGCUUCAUUCAUCCGUGUCGUCGGCAGCGAGUUCGUGCAGAAAUAUCUUGGUGAGGGUCCGCGCAUGGUCCGUGAUGUCUUCCGACUCGCAAGAGAAAACGCUCCUGCGAUCAUCUUCAUUGACGAGAUCGACGCCAUUGCCACGAAACGGUUCGACGCACAAACGGGUGCCGAUCGUGAAGUACAACGAAUCCUCCUCGAACUGCUCAAUCAGAUGGAUGGAUUCGAUCAGGGGAGCAACGUGAAGGUCAUCAUGGCCACAAAUCGUGCGGAUACCCUGGACCCCGCGCUGCUCCGUCCUGGUCGUCUUGACCGGAAGAUUGAGUUCCCACUACCUUCGAGGCGUGAGAAGCGUCUCAUUUUCCAAACGGUCACAAAUAAGAUGAAUUUGGGACCGGACGUUGACCUAGAGGAUUACAUAUCGCGGCCGGAACGGUUAUCAUCCGCAGAAAUUGCGUCGAUUGUUCAAGCUGCUGGCUUGCAAGCGGUUCGCAAAAACCGUUAUAUAGUCCUUCCAGUAGACUUCGAGGAGGCGUGGAAACAAAACGUCAAACGGGUCGACGAGACGCUGGAUUUCUGGCUAGUACUAUUGGUGAGCUCCCCUUCUGUAUUCUAUCGGACAAUUCCAUUUUCUUCCUAUUUCACACACGUCACUUAA